GCGCUCGUAAAAAACGAAAAUCCAAACGGAUAUUAUAUACACCCGCGGACCGUAAUAAUUAUUCUUCGUCAUUAUAAUAUUAUUCGACAAUAUUAUUAUACUGUUUUCGUAUCGCGUACGCGUCGCGUUGUAACGUAAUAAAUAUAAUAUUAUUUAAUAUUACUUGCAUCGUUGGAAUAUCAUCGUUGGAACAUUAUAUAAUGUAAUAUUAUAAUGUAUGCACGUGGACGUCCGUUUUUCCGCACCGAGAUAUAAGUAAAAUAUCGUUUCGCAUUCGGUCGUCACGGACCCGCGCGCGCGUUCCCGUCGUCGCUCCAUCUUUAACUAGUUUAUAUAUAUGUAUAUUAUAUUAUAUAUAAAUACGUAUACUACUAUAUAUACCUAGCCAAUUACAUUUUUUUUUUGUUCAUCUAUCCACCGAACCGGAAUAUUGCACUGCUGCAGGAUUUUUAAAAUAUCUGUCUUCACCACUAUUAUUAUAUUCACAAUUCACGACUACGAGUCACCACUGAAAUCAACAAAUACAGAGUACAUACAGACUUCAACCAACGGUAGCCUGCACUUGUGCAAUAAGUAAUCAUGGAAAAAUCAAUCUUUUCUUUUUUGGCCGUCUGUUUGUUGGUUCAGUUGGCUCACGGUUAUUGCGGUAGCGACUGCUUCAAGUACGUGGCUGCAGGAGUUUGUACAUCAUUGGGACUGUGGUACGGUUACCGAUUUUUGAUCAGACCAUUGGACAUACAAAGGAAAUUGGCUGACGUGGGUUACGAACAGCACAUCACACAAAAGCAAUGGGUAUCAAAGGAUAAGUUACAUCUGAUACGAUCCAUGAUGAGACUAAGGAAAAAAGGAACUUUGCCACCAGUCUAUCCGAAUGGAUGGUUUGCGCUCCUGGACUCCGAUCAAGUCAUCGUCAAUCAAGUUAAGUACGUGACGGCUCUAGGAGAAAAUUUCGCAGUGUUUCGUGCAUCCAACGGCGACGUCAAUAUAUUAAAUGCUUACUGUCCUCAUCUGGGUGCUAAUAUGGCUAUUGGAGGAGUAGUUAAAGGAAACUGUCUUCAAUGUCCAUUUCAUGGAUGGACAUUUGAUGGUACCAGUGGGAAGUGCGUCCGAAUUCCGAACGAUUGUUCUAAUGGAGUGUCAUCGAAGGCGGUGUCGGUGAGGAGAUGGGAGUGUUGCGAAGCCAACGGGUUCGUGUUCGUGUGGUACCAUGCGGAGAACGAGGCGCCAUCGUGGCGGCCGGCCAGAGACAUCGAGGCGGCCGGCCGCGGCUGGACGUACCGCGGCCGCAGCGAGCACUACGUGAACGCGCACAUCCAAGACAUCCCGGAAAAUGGAGCGGACGUGGCCCAUCUGCCGGCACUGCACGGCCACAUGGCGCUCGGCGGCCAGUACGCCGCGCAGGCCGACCGGUCGCUGUGGAGGUGGCUCGGCGUCCAUGAGUGGACGGCCGCGUGGCGGGCGGACGGUACCCGCGGGCGGCACGUGUCCACACUCAAUCUGCAGCACGGGCUAGUGGUGUUCGGCAAGUUCGUCGUUUUCAAAAUGGACGUGGAAGCGCAACAGUUUGAGAGAGAUGUAGUCAUUUGGAACCACAAGAGUUACAUUGAAAAGCCUUUAGCUUCAAAACAAGAAUCAACACUCUUGGCACAUAGAAAAUGGUACAAACAAUUUUAUAGUGCUAAUAGUAUACAAUUUAGUAACAGAAAAAAAACAAUGGAUUGGUGAAUUAAUAUAUUAAUUUUAAUUUUACAUAACU